AUCCAAGCGAGGCGACUUGAUUGGCGAGGGCUCGGAGCGGCGGGGUAAAAAGCGCGCGUUCCAGGCAGCCUGGCUUUAAUCGGGAGGAGAAGGAUGGCGGGGACGUAACGCUGUGGCUGCUGCUCUUCGGCCUGAGGCAAGAGGAGGCGGAGGAGGCGACUGUCUGGGCAUGGAGUGCCGGCUGGAGGCGCACCGCAUCGUGAGCAUCUCGCUGGGCAAGAUGUACAGCGCGCGGGGCCAGCGCGGCGGAGCCAAGCUGCACAAGAACCUGCUGGUGUCGCUGGUCCUGCGCAGCGCACGCCAGGCUUUCCUGGGAGGAGCGGGAGCGGGAAUGGCGCCCUUCCUGGCCCCGGGCUGCCCCUGCUGCUGCUCCCCGCUCCCAGCGCCGCCCUUCUGCCCCAGGAAGCGCAGCGCCGCCCGCGAGGACGAGGAGGCGGAGGAAGGGGAGGCGCCCUCCAAGAAGCCCCGCUGCGAGGAAGGCGACGAAGGCGGCGUGGAGAGCGGCAACGUGGCCAGCCUCAUCUCCAUCUUCGGAUCCAGCUUCUCCGGACUCUUGAGUAAGAAGGCCUUGCCCUGCGGUGAAGGAGGAGGAGGGAGGCGGAGGCAGGAGGAGGAGGAGGCCCUGCGCAACCUCAGCCCCUGGAGCACCGCCAUCGUGGCCUUCUGACCCCGAGGAGGAAGCAUCGCAAGGCGCCUUCCUCCAGGGACUCCAUCCUCCAGUGACUCCCCUUCUGUUCUGCCUCCCUGAUGGAGUUGUAUUUGAUCCCUUGCCACUGUGCUUUGGGGGGAUCUGUUGUUCCCUGGUGUGUCUCUUGUUUUGUUUUUGCCGACUACCCCUAGCCGCCUUUGUUCUAUAAAGGCUGUUGUUGGGGGAGCCCUUUUGUACAGUUGUUUCCUUUUUUGGAUCGGUGUGGAUUUUUGUAUGGAAGUGUACCCUGUUUUCUGCGUGUGCAACACAGAUUAAAUACUUUGGACCUUA